CUGCACUUGGCGCAGGAGCGCAUGCAGCAGCGAGCAAAGCUGGACGGUGGGGGCGACGGCGGUGGUGGGGUGAGUGGUGGUGGCAGUGGUGUUGGUGGUAGUGGUGUUGGCAGCACUGGCAGUGUUGGCAGUGCCAACGGGGGUGACUGUGGUGGGAGUGCAGGCGGAAUCACCACCACCACCCCGAACAACAACAACAACAACUCCAGCGCUGGCAGGGGACAGGGUCCUGGGUCUGCCGGUAGCGGCAGCAGCAACAGCAGCAACAACAGCAAUACCUUUUGCAGCAAUGGUAGCAGCAGCAGCAGUCACGGCCUUGGGAAGCACACGGCCCCGCAGGACCUCAGGGCGCAUGUGCAUGCAGCGCAGCUGGCUGCCCUAAGCCAUGCAGCUGGACUCGGUCACCUGGGUCAGUUUUCACCCAGGGACCUCAAACUGGACAUCCAUCCGCUUAGGGCGGCAGGAGUCCUCCCGACCCAUGGACCUUUCUCGCAGUCCGGGGGUACGCCCCCGGAGCGCUACCCUCGCCCCCUGGCACAAACCCCCCAGCCCCCGAGCAGCUUACAGUCGUCACCAGAACCAGGAAGUGAAGGCAGAUCCCACCACUGGACGUUUGAGGAACAGUUCAAACAGGUACAGGUGUUGCAGCUGUAUGAGCUGAGUGACGACCCCCAGAGGAAGGAGUUUCUGGACGACCUCUUCGCCUUCAUGCAGAAGCGAGGAACACCGGUCAACCGCAUUCCCAUCAUGGCCAAACAGACCUUAGACCUGUACGAGUUGUUCCGCCUGGUGGUGUCAAAGGGCGGACUAGUGGAGGUCAUCAACAAGAAGCUGUGGCGUGAGAUCACCAAGGGCCUCAACCUCCCCUCGUCCAUCACCAGCGCAGCCUUCACUCUACGGACACAAUACAUGAAGUACCUAUAUCCGUACGAGUGCGACAAGCUAAAGCUGAGCUCGCCUCAGGAGCUGCAGGCAGCCAUUGAUGGCAAUCGACGAGAAGGUCGACGAUCAAGUUACGGGUACGACCUCUCGCCUGGACCUACUCUAGUACCUACCAGUCACCAUCUGAACGGCUCCCUCCUAAAUGGCAAACUUGGGCGUGGUUCUCCAGUGGUCCAGCAGCCUCUGCGCCGAGUUCUGGAGUCGGCAGCAAGGAAUCGAAUCAUGGCGAGCAGCAUCACCAGUUCUGGACCUGUCGGCGAAAUCAGUGUGGCCCACACAAAAUCGUGUGCCCCACCAAGUGGGCCCCCACCUCUGGAUCAACAGAGUGGAUCUCUAGCAAAACUGUCCCUCUUCACACCAGAUGAUGACGACAGCCCACCGCCGACCCCACACCCUCCGCCCCAGCGUGGCCUGACCGAGCGGGAUGCCCUGGCCAUGGAGGCAGCCUCGCGGGCAAUGGAAGAGGCGACACGCAAAAUGGAGGCAGCACGACUUCCGCCCUUGGAUACCGGAAGCCCGCCCCGAAAACGACUUCUCAGCGAGGACGAUCGACUCCUGGCGCAUGCUGGGAUGCCCAGCGCGCACUUGAAGAUCACAAGUAGAAACGAUGGACGGUCCGACAUUGACAAUUCUCUGGUUGUGAGCAUGGAGGUAAACGGAGUCAUGUACCAAGGGGUCCUGUUUGCACAGCACAAUCGUCGCAUCUAGCUCCCAGUUCUUCACCCUGAUUAUAAAUGUACAUCUUAAUGCCACAUUAAAGAAACUUUCUCGUUGGUGGGUGGGAUAUGCUGGUGGGUUGUCGUCUGUGAGUUUCAAUAUCAAAGGACAUUCUUUCAUCAAUGCCAGUUGGUCUCCCCCCUCCCCCGCCUCAUUCUUUUCAGCGACGUCAGCAGCAAUGGUUGAACUGAUGUCAAACAUUAUUGGAGGCAAGAUUUCGAAAGAAUGGACCUUUUUCAUUAUACUUUAUUAUGUAUUGUAUCUGCAGAAUGGCAGUGUAUAAUGUAUUUUUUUCUCUUGCACUCACAGAUCAUAUGUAUUUACAACUGGCGGUAGCUACGAAAAAGACAUGCACGACUUCAGUAGAUGAUAAAUCAAUUAUAGUUUGUUUUCUUUGCUUGGCAAGUUAUACCAGCAAAAGUAGUUGUGAUUACUGGGAAAAUAACUUCCAUCUCUCACCAUUGAAAACAUUGAAGAGAACAAACGAGUUUGGUGAGUUCAGUGCACUUCACCAUGAAGCAAGAAGUGAACGGUUCGAACUUCGCUUGGGAUUGUGACAGGAUAAAAAGAACUUCAUACUGCACGUUCAUCAUCAAUGGAUUCCUAAUUAAAAGGAAAAGCUGGAGAGGUUUGUUCUUUGCUCUGGCUCUCUGCACAUUCAGUUACUCUUACGGAAAAGAUGAAAUGCUUGCUCAUUUUUGUUCCUGCUAUUACCUGGGAAAUCUUCAUCCACAGCGAAAGAACUCACAGCAAGCAAACCUGGGUGUGAACAUCAGGUUCACAUAAUGUACGCAGGACCAACAAACUGCUAAUCCUUUUCCAGCAGUUUGUACACUGUCUGGUUGCAUUUUAGUUUUUUUUUUUUUCUUUGUUUAUUUGGUUGGUUGGGUUUAUUGUUGUCCUUGUAACUGUACAGAUGGACAACAAUUUUGCUUUUACUUUAUUUUUACCGAAGCGGUUAAAGAACUACUCUUAGUUACCACCGCGACUCACUCACUAUGAACGAGGUGACUUAAUUUGUGUCAUCAAUCACAAUAAAAUCACAAUCAAAUUGUUAUAAACAUUACAGAAUCGGAGUGGGAAUCGUCACAAGUCAAUGUUUUUCCCCCAUAAAAAUAGGUAACAGAGACCAAACAACUCUUUGUAACAAUUCAAGGGUCGAGUGACAGGCUCUGCCAACUAUCUAUUAAACUAAAUUUUUUUCAGCCUGAGCAAAUUUUUACAAGUGAAAGUAUGAGAUCUUGCAACAAGUUUCCUUUUUAAAUCCAAGUCUUUAAACUUUUAUGAUGUUGACACAUAGCUGUCUUCCCUGCUGUCUCUCUUGGUCUUCAAACAUUUAUUUUCCUAAACUUCCCAAACUUCCUUCUCAUCAUAAUCUUCAAAUAAAUAUGUGUAUCAUGUCCACUAUGCUUCAGUGGAACAUUUUCUUUCACAGAACUGUGGACUUUUUCUUAUCUAGUCUUAGUGUGGAUGCGUUUAGUAAAUGUGUGGUUUUCAGUUGUAGUCUCCUGCCCUACCUCUUCCCCCACAAAAAUAAAUAGUACAAUGAAAGGAGAUGAACAUUUCUGCUGGACCAUCCAUAAUGUGUGUGCUUUCUGGUAAAGUGAAACCUGCGGUUAUUAAUUUUUUAAAAUCUUAUUUUCACAAUCCAGGGCUUCUGCUUACGCAAAAAAUUGCGUACAGUACGCAUUAAAAGUUCGGAGGACCCCUUCAAUUUU